UGAAAUAUUUAGAGGUAUUUUAUCUAAGAUACGCGUGAGUAGCGGUUCGUUGUACAAUUAUGUCUGCUCGUAAAAUACCGCACAUUUUGAAGCUCUCCGCGCAGGAGCAGAAGGAGUUCGUCAACUCCUUCGACGUAGUGAUGUGUGAUUGUGAUGGUGUUAUGUGGAUGAUUGCGGCACCGCUGGCCGGUUCGGGUGAAGCGGUGAAUGCACUGAAGGCGGAUGGCAAGCAAGUGCUCUUUGUGACCAAUAACAGUAUGCGCUCGGACGAUGAAUACGUUAAGUUGUUCGGCGGGAUCGGAGUGAAGGAUUUUCAAACGAACGACAUCAUACAUCCCAUUAAGUCCAUGCUGUACUAUAUAAAGAAGCAUAAUAUAAAGGAGCCAGUUUUCUCAUUAUGCAGUCCCCCCAGUACUAGAAUGCUUCGUAAAGUGGGCGUAGAUGUAAGGACUUUGGACACCACUGAAGAAAUUACACCCAAUAAUUUGGGAAGAAUCACAGAACCGGAAGCAAGAAUGGGCGCUGUACUGUAUGAUAUCAAAUUGGACUUAACUUAUCCGCAAAUUGCAGCGGCCACACGGUAUCUAGCAGACAAGGAUUGCCAGUUUAUUGCCGGUGGUACAGAUUGGUUAUUACCGAUGACGAAGGAUCUAACUGUACCAGGAUUUUGCGAUAUCCUCGACACACUUAAACGCUUCACAGGACGAGAACCGAUAAUAAUUAGCAAACCGGCAGUUUUGCUUGGAGAAAUUUUGAAGGAUAUCUACAAAUUGGCCGAUCCCAAGCGUUGUCUGUUUGUGGGCGAUUCUCUCACGCACGAUGUGCGCUUCGGUCUGAAUUGUGGCUACCAAACCUUGCUCGUUUUAAGCGGCAGCACACCCAUAGAGGAAAUGUGGCAGGCAAAAGCGGAGGAUCAGCCUCAUUUUUAUGCGGAUAGCAUGGCCGAUUUCAUAGAACUAUAUGCGAAUAUAAGUAAAAGUGCUUAAAAAUGUAAUAUUUGUAGCAUGAAUUGCAUUGUUGUUAGAUGAUAUUGUGAGAUUGAAAAUAUUUGUUUAUUUAACUUGAAAUUUUAAUGCCUUCAAUGGAUUAUACGCA